AUGUGUCCACCUAUUAAAAUUCAUAAUGAUGUUGGGGUAAAGGUUUUUCUAGAUCAGAUGAGGGUGAACUUGAAUUUCUUUACAAAAUAUUCAUUAUGCAUCACCUUGAAAGAUCGUGAGCUGUAUAACGAAGGUCAUGGAGUUUUAAUUACUGAUAGAAUAAAUUCUGAUGUUAGAUUAUCACAGACUAACAUUGAUUUGUACUCCAACAAUUCUAUCUGUUUGAUCGGAAUGAAUUUAAACGGAGUUGUCAAUGAUAAUAGUGAAAUAGAUAAUGAUAUAAUAUGUGACCAUUCCAACCUAUUUGUAGCUGAUAAUCAGAUUUAUAAUAAUAAAGAAACACUUAAGGAGGUUAUGAGGCAUGUUGGACUUGUUGAAAAAUUCAGUUUUCGUGUUGCGCGUUGUAAUGCAUCUAAUUAUCACCUGAAUUGUAUUUCUAAAACUUGUUCUUGGAUGAUGAGGACAUCUAGUUUGAAUAAAUCAAAUUUAUUCAAAGUUAGGAAGUAUAUUGCUCAGCACACUUGUUCUGUUAGAGAAAGAGUUUAUGGCAGACGUCAGGGGAUAACUGACGUUGUAGCUGUCUUGAUAAUGGAGAAGUAUAUUGAUCCAUCUACGGUAUAUACUUUAAAAGAUAUAGCUGAUGAUAUAUUGAAAUUGCAUGGCGUUUCGUUGACGUACAUACAGGCAUUGAGAGCUAAAGAAAAAGCAGUAAAGUUGGUGUGCGGAGAUCCAGCAUAG